GAUCAUUUAAUACCUCCGAUACCAAAAGAACACAAACCUAUAAACAAUGGCUGACGCAACCGAAAGAGCUGAGCACGAUCGUAUUUUCAAGAAAUUUGAUGCUAACGGAGAUGGAAAAAUCUCUGCCUCCGAGCUUGGAGAUGCUCUCAAGAACCUUGGCUCGGUCACUCACGACGACAUUAAGCGUAUGAUGGCUGAGAUUGAUACCGAUGGUGAUGGAUACAUAUCCUACCAAGAAUUUUCUGAUUUCGCAAGUGCUAACCGUGGUCUCAUGAAAGAUGUCGCCAAGAUUUUCUAAGCGAAAUAUUAAAAUUCAAUUUGAGAUUUAAUCAUGUUUAAUUUGUUUUUGUAAUGACAAACAUUUGAUUAAGUAUGUUUUUAUUAUGUUUUCAUUUCAUGUAAUGGAUUGUAAUGAUAUAAUUGAAAAAUGCACCAUUUUU